AUCCACAAAGAUUAAUCUUCAAUCAUAAAAGCCAGAUUCGAUCUCCGAAAGCAGAUCCCAAUUGAAAACUAAGAUUCUUGAACUAGGGUUUUCCAUAAAGUAAAAUGAUUUAAAUAAAGUGCAUCCCCUUGUCCUCCUUCUCUCCUCCGUUGUCCAAUUCAAUUCCUUCUAAGACUUACACAUCGCUAUUGUCCAAAUAAACUGCAGAAAACACCAAAAAUUUCUGGUUUUAGUUCUUUCCCACGUUGCACAUUCCACCAUGGGAAGGGGAAAAUUCAAGAGCAAGCCCACCGGUCGCCGGCAGUUUUCUACCCCGGAGGACCUCAUUGCUGGCACCUCCACCCGUCCUAGGACAUUUAAACAGAAAGAAGCUGAGCAUGAAGAGGAGGUAACGGAUGAGGUCUCUGGGGAUGGAUCUGAAGAAGAACCUGAAGAUGAAACCACUAAGACAAAAGGUAUUCAAGGGGUUAUUGAGAUUGAAAACCCUAACUUGGUAAAGCCGAAGAAUUUGAAAGCUAGAGAUGUUGAUGUUGGGAAAACUACUGAGCUUUCAAGGCGUGAAAGAGAGGAGAUAGAGAAACAGAGAGCUCAUGAGCGCUAUAUGAGGCUGCAAGAGCAAGGAAAAACAGAACAAGCCAGAAAGGAUUUAGAACGUUUAGCUCUUAUACGUCAACAGAGGGAAGAGGCUGCUAAAAAGAGAGAAGAAGAGAAAGCUGCCAAAGAACAGAAGAAGGUUGAAGCGCGCAAGUAAAUUUUCUGGGGGAUGCUGUAUGAACCUAGUACUCCAAUUUGGUGGAGGAAUCUUUUUAUUAACUCUGUCCAUUUAGCUUUAUAUUGCAUAUUAUAUCCAUUCCGCGUUGGUAACAUGUAAUGCCAUUAUUUCCUUAUUGGCGUGGCUUGACAUCUUGAUUAUACAUAUACACAUGGCCUAGGAAACCUUUUUCUUUUUUACCCUUUAUCAUCAUCAGUUUUUCAUUUGUUUAUAAGAAACUUUUAUAUAUAUGUGCAUGCAUGUAAAUACUUUAUUAUUGAAAAUUUUGCAGGAAGCAUGAGCAGAGCUU